AUGAUAGAACCGUACGUUCCACCAACUAGAAUUCUUCGAUGUUACAACUGCCAACAAUAUGAUGAUCAUAUUGCUGUGAGAUGUCCUAACAAGGACAAACCAAUAUGCUUCAAAUGUGGACAGCAACACAGCUUUAAUCCGGAAUGUCAAAAUGCGGUUUGUUGUGCACAUUGUAAAGGCAAUCACAUGGCGGGUAAUCCGAAUUGUCCACAGAAAAUCGCUACACGUGAAAAUAAAAAAAUUCAAAUGAAAGCAAUAGGACAGACACCAACAACACAAACAAUGAACUCAAACAUAUGGACUGGCGAUACAACUCGUCGUCUGUUCGGAAACGCAACAACAACUCAACCAAUAAUUCUAAAUAAGGUUCAUGACAACAAUAAUGAUGAGUUAAUGAAAAAAUUAGAUUCAAUAGAAAAUAACAUACAAACAAUUCUGAAACAACAAGCAGAAGUUAUUCAACUAAUUAAUGAUACAAAUAUAAAAAUCAACAACCAAGCCACGGAAAUUCUCAAUAUUAAUUAUAUUUUAAAUGAUAUUGUAUGCCCACUGCUGAAAGACAUUACAAAUGUCAUUUACACCCAAAUUACCACGCAGCAAAAACAGCAAAUAAAUCCAAUUUAUAAUAGGUUGGUCAGCUUUCUGGAACAAAAAGCUUCAAAUCAUACAGGCUUUCGUCUAGAACAGAAUACGAAAGUGUUACAACAGCAGAAACAUCAACAACAAAUGACGAUAACAUCGAAUGACAUAAAUAUGACAACGUACGAUGAAUCCAAGUGCUAA